GCAUAUCUUCCUGCGUUCGGAUGUUUGGAGGCAGUCUGUUGGGCUUCCCUUAGGCAUACGUGUUUAAGGCAUAUGUCCCAGUAUGCUGUUUUCCAGGAUGCGUUCACUAUACCUACUGUCGUUAGGCAUAUAUUCCAGUAUGCAGUUUCCAGUAAACAGUUGACUAUGUUUGAAUCCACCAUAACAGAAUAUCUCGAUAAAACGAAAGAUAAGGAUUGGACAAUUCUCGGAAUUUUGAAAAAAAUUAAACUUUUUAGGAAGAUAAAACUUUCAGAUGGGAUUGCCCCCAAAUUAUCCGUGGCUACAAUCGAUGAUUUCAAGAAAGAUUUAACGCAAUAUUAUGUAGCUAUAAAGACAAAUGUAACAUUCACUAUUUACCAAAAACAAGGCGCGAAAAAAUACGACAUCGACUUAUACAGCUACGGUUUUAAAG